GAGUCUCCAGGCCCCUAAUCAUCCUGGUUGUCCAUAAGCCUGUCUUUCCCCGCCGCAAGUCUUCCCUUCGUUGCCCGAGGAACAGGCGCCCCUCCGGGUGUCCCGCGCCCUGCCUUCCCUUCCAGCGGGGCGAGCUCCGUGGGGCAUUCGCCGCCUCCGACGGGCGUUCCUGGCCGAGGCAAGGCAAAGGGCGGGCGGGGCGCAGAGCUUGGCCGGCCCUCCUCGCUUUGCCUUUCCCCUGCUGCGCCGCGAGAGCUCCUGGCUGACGCGUCCCGGCAGCCCAGAGCUGGUCCCAGCCAAGAAAGAGGCUCCUUCGUGAUUGGCCCUUGAGGGGCAGCCGGCAUCAUGGAGCUUGAGCGAUUGAACAUGGAAGAGGAGCCGGAGACCUGGCGGGAAGAGGAGCGUAACGAGGAGGAGAAGAGCACCUGCCCUUGGGUCAAGUGCAGCAGCCUCCACAAUACCGUUUCCAAAUGGAUGCUUCCCGGUGAGGCUAGAGCAACUUACCUGGAAAGAGCCAGCUGCGUUCCGCCACCCAUUUUCAUCCUGGCUAUCAGCUUAGCUGAGCUGUCAGUGUUCAUUUAUUAUGCUAUUUGGAAGCCCCAGAUUCAAUGGAUAACGCUAGAAGUGGGAAUCUGGGAAAGUCCGCUUAUUUACAGACCUGAGAAGCGAAAGGAAGCCUGGAGAUUUUUGUCUUACAUGUUUCUGCAUGCUGGUGUUGAACACAUUAUAGGGAACCUUGUUCUUCAGCUCUGCCUGGGGAUCCCCCUGGAAUUAGUUCAUAAAGGACACAGAGUGGGAACUGUGUAUCUUGCAGGAGUGAUUGGAGGUUCUUUGGCAAGUUCCAUCUGUGAUCCUCUGCUGGGUCUCGUGGGAGCAUCAGGAGGUGUCUAUGCUCUGAUUGGAGGAUACUUCAUGAAUAUUCUAGUGAACUUCCGAGAAAUGAUUCCUCUCUUUGGAAUUGCAAGACUACUAUUCAUUGGCUUAAUAGUUGGAACAGAUGUAGGAUUUGCUUUGUACAGAAGAUUUCUCUCUCCUUCAACUGGGAUUCAGGUUUCCUUUGUGGCCCACAUUGCAGGCGGCCUUGCUGGAAUGUCGGUAGGUUAUGUCAUAUUCAGCAAUUUUGAUAAAAGUUUCAUUAAAGAUCCAAGAUUCUGGAUUUGUAUAAGUGCAUUUUUAAUCUUUGUGGUACUUGCUGUACUGUUCAAUGUGUUUUUCUCACCAGCAAACCAGUAGAAUGCAACAUUCAAUAACAUUGUAUAAUUCUGAAGGAUAAUUUUCAAAAUCUUUUAAAAAUCUUAUUUUGUUUUCAUAUUUUUAUGGCAUCAUCUUAUACUUUGUAUGAAUAUAUUGUAAUAUGAAGCUUUUUAAUUGCUAAAUUGUUCAGACUUUUAGAGUCGUUAUGAUUUUGUUGACAGUCUUUUGCUAGAAUUUUUUUUGUCAGUAAUGGAUUUGAGUUUUCAGCUCCUGCUUGUAUCAUCAGCAUCAGUGACUAGAUAACUGCCAGGUCUUCUGUCACCUUCCUUUUUGACUUUAUUUUUCUAAGCAUUGAGGGGCUGCUCCAAUGACUCUUGCUUUUGAACUAUACAUGGCAAAUUAUUUGCAGUGCUGUGCCACUUUCAUUUGCACAAAAUCGUGCUGAUAACUGACAAGCCGAUCGUGUGCAGAUGGCCUGCCUUGAGAAAGGUGAAAGCUUCCUGGUGUCCAAAUGCUUUAGAAGGGAUUCCUAAGAUCAUCAGCCUGCAUUUCUUCCAGCAUCAUUUCAUACCUCAUAAAUGGUAAUAGACUGAUUUGAGUGGACAAAUACAUUCAUUUUGAAAGGAGGCCAACACAUUUUUCAUGAAAGGAUGUUUCAGGCUGGGAUAUGGAACUGAAACAGCACCAAUUGCCCUUGUGGGUGAAAAAAAAAACCUUACUCUCUGGGACCUUCGAUACUUACUGUCCAGGGUAUUCUUUUGAACAUGUAUGAGUUGGGUGCAAUCUGCUGCUGAUUCUCCAUUCUGUGGAAUUGGUUGUAUUCAGUGUUGACGGGAGGAUAGAAUGUGGAGGAUUUCCACAACUUCAUAUUUAAUACCAAUUGUUCCCUUUCCUGGGUAAAGAGGCACUGUACAUGGCCACUUGGGCUUUGAUCACUCCUAAAAUGGAUUACUGCAAUGUACUUUACAUGGAGCUGCCCUUGAAGAACCUCCACAAGUUUCACUUGGUCCAGAAUGCAAAAGCAGAGGCAAUUAUGGGUGCGUUUCAUUAUGUCCAUAUUAUACCUUUGCCUUGCAAUCUAUACUGGCUCCCAAUUUGCUUCCAGGUGCAACUACAGGGGCUUGUUAUUACCUAUAAAGUCUUACAUGACCCAGGGCCAGAUAUUUGAAGGAUGGCCUUAUUCCUGCAUUUUUUAUCCCUAGCAUUAGGUCAGGCAGAAAGGGCUCACUUGAGGCCUGGGGUGUCAAACUGGCGGCCCAUGGGCCGGAUGCAUCAUGCGCAGCCCACCCCAGCUCCGUGAAUGGGGAAAACGUCAUGAAACAUAAUGCGAUGCAGCAAGUUUGACACCCGUGCUCCAGGCCCUGUCAAUCAUGGAUUGAUAUAUGCAAUCUCCCAGAAAACAAACGGCUUUCUCACCUGUGUCUGCCUCCUGAAACCCCAUCGGUCCAAAGUUUGGCUGGUCCUGACCAUGUUACCUUGCAGAAGGUCCAGAACACCUGCUUUCCUAGGCAUGGGGGCAAAAGUUGGUGUUUUCUGGAACCAUUUUGUGUUAGUUGGCCGAUUUAUAUAUAUAUCAUGUACGUAUGUGUAUAUAUGUGUACACACACACAGAAUUUAUGUUGCAUUUCUAAAUCUUUAUUAGCUGCCCAGAAUCAAGAUGGGUGGCCAAAUAAAUCAAUUUAAAUA